AUGGAGUAUUUAAUUAAUUUCUUACAAUUAAAUCGAUUUAAACAAUUAAAACAUGAAUUAGAUUCAUAUCAAGAUGAAUUUAAUACUCUUUUUAAUGACUAUCAUAAUAAUUUCCAACAAACCUUCCAACAAUGUAAAAGUCAAUGUAAAUUGAUGUUAAUUUUCCAUCACUCACCUCAAUCACCGUUAUCUCUUCAAUCUCUUUCUUCACUUUUAAGAAAUAAUCAACUUAUUCAAACUAUUAAUCAAUAUUAUUUAAUAUUUAUUUCCAAUGUUAAUACUGAAAUUGGACAUAAACUUGAAGAAAUACAUGACAUUGCAUCAUUUCCAUCAAUUUCUAUUGUCUUUCCUUUUAAUGGUGUUUCAGGUCAAUUAUUAACAGUAUUAAAACAUAAUGAAUUUACAAGUGAUACAUUAAUAAAAAUUGCUAUUCAACAUACUAACUUAUUUAAUGAAAUUAUUGAAGAACGAAGAAUUAAAGAAGAGAGACAACGAAUUAGAGAAGAACAAGAACAAGAAUAUAAAAAAGCUUUAGAAGAAGCAAAGAGACAAGAAGAAAGAGAACAGAAAAUACAAGAAGAAUUACUUAGAAUAGAAGAAAAGAAAAUACAAGAAGAAGAACGACAAAAGAAUGAAGAAAUGAAAAAACAAAUAGAAAAAGAAGAAAUUCUUAAUGAUAUGAAAAGAAAGAAACAAAUAUUUGAACAAGAACAAGAACCUAAUGGAAAAGAUACUUGUAUUAUUAGUGUAAGAUUUCCUAAUGGAAAGAAGAUUCAAAGAAGAUUUAAUAAAACAGAUAAAAUACAAAAAUUAUAUGAUUUUGUUGAUGCUAAUCAAAGUGCUACUAGAAACUAUUCUCUUGUUAGACUAAUACCAAAAAAAAGAUUUGAACGUAAAGAAAUAACUUUUGAAGAAGAAAAAUUAUAUCCAUCAGCAAUGCUUGUUGUUGAAUUAAAUUAA